AUGCCUCUCUCUCUUGUAUCGAAGGCCAUCUGCGGCGGGAAGACAGCGGCAGCGGUGGCGGCGGCGGCGCUGGAUGAUGGACAGCCCUUUAUCUCGGCGUGGAGCAGCCCCGCUUGGCCAGAAGGAGGUGGGGAUCUCUUAGUCACCUCCUCUCCGCCCCCGGGAAUCGAGACACGGGCGCGCCUUAAGCAGAGCACACACGAGUCGACAGUCGUAGUGAGCAGAGCGCCAAACGAGCCCAAGCCCUGGCAACCCUCCCACAAUGCCUACGGGGAGAUGCAGCCGCCUACCACGCCUGCCGGAAGCAAUAUCACGCCCUCACGCAAAGUUAAUCCCGAGGGGUUACGUGGCUCCUACCCUGCCACCUCCUCCCCUCCCAUCACCCCUCUCAAAGCUCCCCCACCUCCCCACUCCCUGCCCCUUCCCGCCGCACACCAGCCGGAGCGUGUAAUCCUAUUGGGCUCCCCCACACUCCCUCUGCCUCUCCCACUGUCACCCUCGCCACCCAGUCGCUCCGAGCCCCUUCCGUCCCAACAGCCGCCGCAAAACUUCCAUCUGUUCUUUCCCUGGCAGGCGAGGGUGUUCACGGGGCUCAGUUGA